AUGUCUUCAGCAACUCACAAGUUAGGCAGAGAAAGCUGUGAGCAAGAUGAGUCUGAGUUGCGCGUGACACGGCCGCAAGCUGCCUUCUUGCCGUGUGACAAGUCGCAAGAUUCGCCGCUCCUUUCCGACAGAGACUCAACUCACGGCCCUGAUGGCGGUGGUGUUAUUGCCUCGAGUGAGAUUUUUGCUGCCAAACACGACCAUGAUGCGCGUCCUUCUUCCGAGGACAGAGUCGAGCACGUCCAGCCAUGGCCGCAGAAGCCCAACCAGGCGAAAUACACCGACUUUAAACCCUUCCACGCCACGUCGUCAAAUUCGCCGCGCUACAUGGUCAGGAAUAUCAUGAAUAAGACGAAGAAACUGCCCUUUGAGCAACCAACCCUCGAUGAUGCCGAAUUCGAGACACUGACAAGGCUCAUGGACGACAAGCAGAAACACACGGUACCUAGUUUCAAAGCAAAGAUGGCCUUCAGGGCAUUCUACUUCUUACUCCUCGCCGCGCUCAUCUACUUCGUCCUCGUCGGCUGGCCCCUCUGGCCCGGCACCGUGGUCUGGUUCUGGCGCUGGUACCAAGGCCAGGUAGGCCAGCAUCACAUCGCGGGCCUUGUCGCCUUUCUCGCCGCGGGCAUGAUUCGCAAUAUCCUGCCCCAGUUCCUCUGCACCUUCCAAGUCUCCCGGCAAGAACCAAGGGAACCCGAGGAGUCGGCCGUGUCCCAGUGCUGCGUCAUCAUCCCAUGCUACAAGGCGGCCGAGACGCUGCGCACCACGCUGCCCGCGUGCCUGGCGAUAUUCGGCCCCAAGCAAAUCUUCGUCGUGGCUAACGGCAACUCGACCGUGCCGCUGGACAACACGGCCGAUAUAUGCGACGAGUUUGGCGUGCGGCACUUUUGGCUCCCCGUCGGCAGCAAGAUCACCGCCGAGUUCGUCGGCGUGACGCUGGGCAAGGAGUUCCAGUACUGCCUGCUGAUAGACGACGACGUCCUGCUGCCCCCCAGCCUGCCCAUACUGACAAAGUGGUUCAAUGGCCCUGGCCACGAGAACGUCGCGUGUGUUGGGUAUACCAUUAAGAGCGUGGGGUCGAACUCGUCUCGCGGGACAAUCGUCCAGCAGGCCCAGGAUCUCGAGUACAAGAUCGCGGGAUUGACCAAGGUGUUUCAGUCCAAGUACGGCAGCACCGUCUUCCCGCAUGGUGCUAUUGCGCUGUGGCGCCGCGAUGUUCUGGAGAAGAUUCUGCGCGCUCAUCCGGGGUACAGCAUUUCCGAGGACUGGUGGCUCGGCCAUACGGCGAGAGCUGCCGGCUACCGCAUCCUCAUGAGCUCGUCGGUCUUUGUCGAAACCGAGACCCCGCCGCGUCUUUUCCCGGACUGGUUCUUCUGUCGCGCGAAAGACUCGAGGGGUGGCUACGGCGAAAUGUCCGUCGUCCAGCAGCGCUUCUUCCGCUGGAGCUUCUUCUACCUCUUUCGCAUCUGGGCAAACACCUUGUAUCUGAUAUUCAGCUGGCGCCUGGGCUGGCGAGUCCUCAUUACAAAGAUGUACGUCUUGGGAGAAAUCUACGACACGCUCAUCAAACUGUUCACCCCGGUCUUCCUCCCCGUCGCCAUGAUAGCCCACUGGCGCUUGACGCUGAUUUUGUGGUUCGGAACCAUCUUGGCGAAUUUUGUGCUCUCCAUUUGGUUCAACGUGAUUCAUCUGAGUCUUCUAAGACGAGGGAGUUCCAAGAAUGAGCGAGUCUCCUGGCUGGCGUUUCCGGCCUUUUUCGUCAUCAAGUUUGUCAUGACGUUUGUGACGGUGGCGAGCGUAUAUUGGACCAUUUACCAGUACGCAGUCUUCUUUGCACGGCAGCACCUCCGGGUGACGGAGAGCGUGCCGGCUUGGAAAGUAAUCAGGGAGAAGAAGGAGAACAUGGCGGAAAAAGAACCCGAGUUGAGCGGCGUUGCGUCCAAAGUCUCCGAGACAAACAGCUGGAGAAAAUAA